GUGCACGAGGCGGCUGCAGCAGCGGCGGGGCUGCCUCCCACCGGGGCUCUCACACUCACACGCGGGCACACACACGCGCUCACACUCACGCGGGCACACGCGCGCCUGCGCGCCCCGGGAACAAUGCCCCCGGUGUCCCGGCCGGGGGCUCUGCGGGGCUGGGGUCCUGCCUCCGCUCGGCUGGUCCCGGGAUCCGGAGGCGGCGGCUGCAGGGAGCACGUCAAGGACAGGCAGAGACCCUAGUGGGGAGCUCAGCCCAGGAUGAACCCGGGGACCUCCCACCCAAGAUGCACCAGGCUGACCCUCUGACCACGGGGCUCCUGAAGAUGUCCGCCUGCAAUGAGUUUGUGGAGCACAUUUGGAAACCAGGCUCCUGCAAGAACUGCUUCGGCUUGCAGAGUGACCACCAGCCUCAGCGUUCGUCCUCCGUGGUCCAGCCUGGGGCCCCCAGCCUCGCGCUCAGGCCCAGGAGGGGCCCCCCUGAGGAGGAGGGCUGUGGCCCCGCCUCCUGCACCAAGCCCACCAUCGCUGUGAAGCCCACCAUGAUGAGCGCAGAGAGCACUGAAGCCCGGCCCGGGAUGGAGGCGGGCUCUGAGGCCCCUCAGGUGCUCUGGAGGCCCACGCCCAGCAAGCUGCCCUUCCCGGAGUCCCGAGACAGCCCGAGAACUUUCUCCAGCGGCGGUCUCAGCCCUCAGAGCCUGGCAACCAGCCCCCGCCUGGCUCUGCCCAGCCUGGUAAGGCCAGGGAGCAAGGACUCCGUCCCUCCAGACAAAGGGGGCCUGGAGGAGGGCGCUUCCCCUCCCCGUCAGCAGUCCCCACCCCCUGCCCACCAGAGUUUCCACCAGAAGCUGGCGGCCUUUUUAGAACGGGCGGGGGGCAGCACCACGCCCCGCAGCGGAGUCCUGCCCGCUGCUUCCAGGGACAAGGAUCUGCAGGCGUCUCCCAGCAAAGACCUCGACGGGGGGGAAUAUUGCUCCAUUGCCAGUUGGUGCCCUCCCAGCGCCCUGACGCCGGCGGCGGGGCCGGGCCCCAGGUGUGGGCACGGGAAGGCUGGGCCCGUACCUGGGGCUACAAAUGAGACUGCCUCGCCACAUGAGGAGAGCUGGGGCCCCAGCCUGAGCAGCAAGGAACACAGCUGCCAGGACUCUCCAGAGAACAGCUGCCCCUUCACCUUGGCCCAGAGGAAGCUCCCCCAGGCCUUAGAGGCAGCCAGUCUGUCCGAUGGCCUAUCCAGCCCUCCUGCUGGCCACACAGACAGCGACUACUGCUCCCUUUCAAGGCAGCCCGAGCUGAGGAGAUCCCAUGGCCCGCGCCCCAACGGGGGGAGCCCCAGCAAACCCCCAGGGUCCCCAACCCAGCCCCCUGAAAGCAGCCCGCCAGAGCCCAUCUAUGCUGAGAUCACCAAGAGAAAGAAACCCUGCCCGGCCUCGUCCAGCCUGCCAAGCACAAACAGGCAGGCCGGGCACAGCCAGGACUCAGCAGGGGGAAGCUGGAGGCCCAGGCCCGACGGGGCCCCCCAGGUGGCGGCCAAGGUGACCAUCAUGGCUACCCACACGGAGGAUGAUCAGCGCACCAUCUACCUGUGCAGCCCUGACUCGGCUGUGGGGGUCCAGUGGCCCUGUGGGCACCUUGGGCCGGGCCCGGAGGACACCUCUCCGCGAAUGCCAGAGCCUAGCCCGCGGGAGCAGCCACUCCACAACCACCUGCCUGGCCCGAGGGGCGGGGACCCGGGAAGGGGAUGCCCCGCCAUCCCCCCCAAGGUCUGCAAGGGGAGCCCCGGGGGGUCUCACGGAUCCCUGGAGGGCUCUCCCCUAGCCCAGCUCAAGGAUGGCUACUGGAGCCAGCCGGGUAUCCCAGACCCCACGGACACCCUGUCCUCCACAUCCUCCUCUUCCUCCUCCAGCGCCAGGGAGCUCGCCCGCUGCUUCAUGCCCACUCAGUCUUCCUCUUGGGACCAGAGAAGACCCCGCUUCCAGGUGGGAGCCAGGAACUACCAGGGCAGGAUAGAGGAGGAGGAGGGGGAGGGGGAACUGGACCCCCCCAGCCCAGGAAUGGCGAGGGAGAUGGAGAGAGGCAGCUGUAGCCAGCGGCCCCGGGCCGAAAGCAUCUCGGAGCAGCCCAGCCGGACUGAGGGAGGCACAGGGCCCGGCAUGAGCAAAUCUGCCUCCUUUGCCUUUGAAUUCCCUAAGGACAGGAGCGAAGCCGAGAAGUUCUCCCCCCCUCCUCCUCCUCCAAAGUCAAGGCAUCUUCUGAGAAUGAACAAGAGCAGCUCUGAUCUGGAGCAGGCCAGCCUUGGCUUGGCAGAGAGCCUCAGCCCUUCUGGGUUCAGCGGCAUCCAUGUUCACUUCACCACUGGCUCCACGGACAGCCUGACCUCUGACUCCCAGACCUGCAGCGAUGGAGGACUUUGUUGUGAGCCGGCCCCCUGCCCUUCUCCCUUCCCUCCUGCGGCCUCUACAGGGCACCCCUCAGAGGAUGGCUCUCCACGUGGGUCCCUGCAGCCCCCUCCGCUGCCCCAGAAGAAAACGGUCAGCCGAGCCGCGUCCUCCCCCGACGGCCUCUUCCUGGCCCAGGGCUCCCCAGGCCGCUGCACCGCGAGCCCCAGGCUGAACCCCAGCCACUCCGAAACGAACAUCUGCUACCCCGAGGAGUCUCGCUUCGCCGGGCUGGGGGGCCGCGCCAGGGGCCCGGAGGCCCAGCUGCAGGGGUCCCAGGGCUUCUCCCCCUCCUCCUCCCAGCUGAGUGUGUCCAGCCAGACCUCGGCCUGCAGCGGCCAGCAGCAGCCCCACAGCCUCCUCAGCAGCAUCACCAGCAAGGAGGCCACGUACACCAAGCUCAGCGGCCUCUACGCCCAGUCCCUGGUGCGCCUGGCCGCCAGGUGCGAGCGCCACUUCAUGGGCAGUCAGGCCGCGGAGCCCCACUUCAACGAGAACAGCUGGUCCCUCUUCAAGCUAACGUGCAACAAGCCUUGCUGCGACUCGGGAGAUGCCGUCUAUUACUGCGCCACCUGCUCCGAGGACCCCUCCCGGCCGUACGCCGUGAAGAUCUGCAAAAUGCCCGUGUCCAAGGGGGCUUCUUACUGCGCCCUGUCGGUGCCGGUUCACUUCAACCUGCAGCAGGACUGCGGCCACUUCGUAGCCUCGGUGCCGUCCAGCAUGCUGCCGUCUCCGGAAGAGCCCCAGGACCAGGACUGCGUGGUGGUGAUCACGCGGGAGGUGCCGCGGCAGACGGCCGCGGACUUCGUGCGGGACUCCGCCUCCCGCCACUGGGCCGAGCCCGAGGCUUACGAGCGGCGGGUGUGCUUGCUGCUGCUGCAGCUGUGCCAGGGGCUGGAGAGCCUCAAGGAGCACGGCAUUACGCACCGGGCGCUGUGCCUGGAGAACCUGCUGCUGGCGCCCUGCCCGGGGGCCUCCCCGGGGGACCAGCCCCUCCCCCGCCUCAUCAUCAGCAACUUUCUGCAGGCCCGGCAGCAGGCCCGGGGGGGCGGCGCGGGGGGAACGGACGAGCAGCAGAGGAGGACCCAGGCGCGCCUGGCCCCCGAGAUCCUGGCGGCCGCCCAGUACAAGAAGUUCGACGAGUUCCAGACGGGCAUCCUCAUUUACGAGCUGCUGCACCAGCCCAACCCCUUCGAGGAGCGCGCCCAGCUUCAGCAGCAGGACUACCGCGCCGAGGACCUGCCCCCCCUGCCCGCGCUGUCCCUCUACUCGGCCGGCCUGCAGCGGCUGGCCCACAGGCUGCUCGAGGCCGACCCCAUCAAGCGGCUGCACAUCGCGGAAGCCAAGCGCGCCCUGCAGUGCCUGCUGUGGGGGCCGCGCCACGAGCUGCUGCAGGGCCCGCUGCAGAACUGGCUGCACAUGAAGCGCGCGCUGCUCAUGAUGAAGCUGGCCGAGAAGGCGCUGGACGACGGCGCGGCCGUGGAGCUGGAGACUGGCUCUGCUGCCAGUACCUGGCAUCCGCGGAGCCGGGGGCCCUGCUGCAGACGCUGAGACUGCUGCAGCCCCUGUGACCGCCCAACCCGGAGCGCGCAUAUGCGCAGGAGGGCAGCUGAAGUGAGCCCUGGCCCCACACACCCAGGCCCCCAGAGUGUGCCCCCCCCACACACACACACACUGAGUCACUCCUGUCCACUCUGUUAAUGGUAAUGUCCACUCUGGGGCCUGUAGACUCCUCUCACAUCACACAGCCGGGCUGUGGUGGGGACUGGCCACCCGCCCUCCUUCUGUCCCUCAUGGACAGCUCAGAACUGUGGCCCCUACCCAGGCACCUCCACAGCGCAAGGGACCUCCAUGGCGACUUAGCCCACUUCCUCCCCCUGUUGUUUGUUUGUUUGUUUUUUAAUGGAACUUUUAUUUCAUUCUA